AUACCUCUAUACCAGUCUUUCAUAGGAAUCGCGUUGCAGUCGUUCAUCUGUGUAGACUCCCUCCGUGUUGUCCUCCCAAGUAGCACUUAAGGACUUUCGAGUUAGCAUAGGGGCGGCCACAGAGGCCGUCGGAGUGGCCGCCUCCGCCGAUACUGAAGCUUGCGUAUCACUGUUAUCAUCUCCAUAGCCUCUGGCUGCUAGAUUCUAAAAGCCUGUCACCAUGAGGAUUAUGAUCAAGGGUGGUGUUUGGAAAAACACUGAGGAUGAAAUCCUCAAAGCAGCAGUUAUGAAAUAUGGACUCAACCAGUGGGCUCGUAUCUCUUCGCUGCUGGUGCGGAAGUCAGCUAAGCAAUGCAAAGCUCGCUGGUACGAGUGGCUGGACCCCAGCAUCAAGAAGACGGAGUGGACCCGCGAGGAGGACGAGAAGCUGCUGCACCUGGCCAAGCUGAUGCCCUGCCAGUGGCGCACCAUUGCACCCAUCGUGGGACGCACGCCCGCGCAGUGCCUGGACAGAUACGAGCGGCUGCUGGACCAGGCUGUGGCCAAGGACGUCAACUACGACCCGCGCGACGACCCGCGCCGCCUGCGACCCGGCGAGAUCGACCCCAACCCCGAGGCCAAGCCUGCCCGGCCGGAUGCAGUGGACAUGGACGAGGAUGAGAAGGAGAUGCUCAGUGAGGCACGUGCGCGCCUGGCCAACACACGUGGUAAGAAGGCCAAGCGCAAGGCCCGCGAGAAGCAGCUGGAGGAGGCUCGGCGGCUGGCUCAGCUGCAGAAGAAGCGCGAGCUGAAGGCGGCGGGCAUCGAGGUGCGCGGCAAGUUCAAGAACGCGCGCGCGGUCGACUACAGCGCGGAGGUGGCCUUCGAGCUGAAGCCGCAGGCCGGCUUCUACAGCACGGAGGAGGAGGACCGCAUCACGCGCAGCAUGCAGCAGGAGUUCCGCCCCGUCACUGUCGAGGAGCUGGAGGGGCGGCGGCGCAAGGACAUCGAGGCGGCGCUCAUCAAGCAGGACAUGAAGCGCCAGAAGCUGAACGAGCUGCACGAUGCGCCCGGAGCCGUGGCGCAGGCCAUGGGGCUGGACCAGGAGGGGCAGCGCAGGAGGGGCAAGCUCAUGCUGCCGGCGCCGCAGGUCUCCGAAGCCGAGCUGGAGCAGAUUGCCCGCCUGGGCGUCGACGGGGCGCUGGAGGCUGCCGUACAGGAGGGGGCCGGCGGCGACGCCACACGCACCCUGCUGGGGCAGUACAACCAGACGCCGCGACUGGGUCCCGGAGCCACGCCCAUGCGCACCCCCCGCGGCGGCGCUGCCGGCGGCGGCGACCGUGUCAUGGCUGAGGCUGCUGCGCUGGCGCGGCUGCAGGGCAUGGGAACUGUGCUGGAUGGCGGCGAGACGGGGGUCGAUGUGGCGGCCAUGGACUUUGCGGGCGUGACGCCGCGCAAUGUGGUCGCCGCCACGCCCAACCCGCUGGCGGCAAUGGCGACGCCGUCGGUACGCGGCGGCGGCGGCGCCGCCGCUGCCGGCGGUGCCACCGGCGCGCGAGUGGUUCCGGCGAUUGCCGGAGUGGCGGCGACGCCAAUGUCAGUGGCGGGGACGCCGCUGCGGGGCGGCUCCGUCGGCGGCGGCGCCUACCCCGGCGCUACCCCGCUCAUCCGCGACGAGUUGGGUCUGAACGAGGCGGAUGUGGUGGCGGCGGCGCUGGAGGGCGGCGGCAGCAAGCGCGCGGUGGCUGCCCGGCAGGCGGCGCUGCGGGGGGAGCUGCGGGAGCGGCUGGCGGGGCUGCCGGCGCCGCAGAACGAGUACGCGUUCGAGGUGCCCGAGGUGCCGCAGGAGGAGCCCGAGGAGAUGAUGGAGGAGGACCUAGCGGAUGCGCGCGCACGCAAGGCCCGCGAGGAGGCGGAGCGGCGCAGGCAGGAGGAGCUCAAGAAGUCCAAGGCCCUGCAGCGGCAGCUCCCGCGCCCCCUCUCCGUCGACUCCCUGCCCGGCCCCAAGCCCGCCCCCUCCUCCUCCGCCCCCGCUGCGGCCCUCCGCGACCGCGCCGAGGAGCUGGUGGCGGCCGAGAUGGCGGCGCUGCUGACCCACGAUGCCAUCAAGUACCCGGUGCGGGACGCCAGGGCGGCGGACGCCAAGAAGAAGGGCGGAGGCGAGGGAGCAGCGGGCGGCAAGGGCGGCAAGCCGGCGGGCCCCGCACCCCCGCUGGAGGAGUUUGAGGCGGAGGAGAUCAAGUUGGCGGAGCAGCUGGUGGAGAAGGAGGUGUCCUUCCUCCGCGCCGCCUGGGGCCACGCCUCGCUGGCGCCCGAGGAGUACACGGAGGUGUGGCUGGCGGCGCACCGCGACCUCAUCUUCCUGCCCGCACGCCAGCGCUACGAGCGGGCCGCCUCGGCAACCAAUGUGGAUCGAAUUGACUCACUCAAGUCCGAGUUCGAGUGUGUCCGCGGCGACAUGGAGCGCGAGGCCCGCCGCGCCUCCAAGCUGGAGGCCAAGCUGGGGCUGCUGCUGGGCGGGCUGCAGCGGAGGCACGCGGAAAUCAGCAGCCGGGGGGCGGAGCUGUGGGGGCAGGUCAGGGACGCGGCGCAGGAGCUGGUGUGCUUCAAGGCCCUGCACGAGCGCGAGCUGCGGGCCGCCCCCGAGCGGCUGGAGGCGCUGGUUGAGCUGCUGACGGCCGCCCAGCGCACCGAGGCGCAGCUGCAGGAGCGGUACAAGAGCCUGACGCGGCGGCGUGCGGAGCUGCAGGAGGCGCUGGCGCAGAAGGAGCAGCAGGCGUGA